AUGGCAGAAAUCACCAUCAACGAUGCAGACCUCCAAGCCCUCAGAGGCAAAGUCGUUCUCAUGACCGGCGGCUCCUCAGGCAUCGGCCUCGCAACCACAAACUUGCUCCUCAGUCUCGGAGCCAAAGUCGUCAAUGGUGACAUGAUCGGCCCCAUCUCGCGUCCCGAGCCCUUCUCACUUGAAUCCUACCACUGGAUCAAAACAAACGUGCUCGAUUGGCCCGGCCUUGGGGAACUCUUCAAAGCAACCUUGAACCUCUACGGUCACAUCGAUCAUGUCUUCGCGAAUGCAGGCAUGCGACCAUCAACCUCCUACCUCACUUUGGAAGUGGAUGAACGUGGUAACCCGAUUGAACCCAACCAUACGACGUUAGAUGUCAAUCUUAAGGGUGUGAUCAACACUGCUUCAUUGGCUUUGCAUUAUAUGCAGAAGCAUCCUGCUCCCGAGGGCGGAGUCCAGAGUAUCGUACUCACCGCAUCGCCAUCCUCUUAUCAUCGUUUCCGCGCUGCAGACUAUGGAGUCAGUAAACAUGGUGUAUUGGGACUGUUGCGUGGUCUCGCCCCCGUGACUGCACCUCAGCUACCCAUUCGUGUGAAUGCACUUUGUCCUGGCUGGACAGUCACAGGCUUGACUGAGGAAGCUCACUACGCUGGCGUGAAUGUCAACUUGUCAACAGCGGAUAACGUGGCCAAAGCAGCAGUGCUUUUAAUGGCUGAUGAAAGCAGACAUGGACAGAUGGUCUUGAGUGUGGGCAACAAAUAUAGAGAGGUCGAAGAGGCGGUAUUACUCAAGGCCAUGAGCUCUGAAGUCAGAGGGCAGGAGUUGACCGAAGAUGAGAUUUGCGAAGGUGUGAUUGCGAACAUGAUGGCGCAGGCUCAACAAUGA